UUCAUGACUCGCACAUCCCCAGUUCAGUUCAAGCCAGAGAAAGACAGCGUUCGCAAGUUAAGCUACACAUGUUAUUGUUGUGCCUCGGAAACCGUACACUUUUGUAAAAGUUCCACGGACGGUUGGCGUUACUGUUGCCUGACGCAGUGGCCGUGUCACAGCUUACAUGACAGAAGUUUGUUGUCUUCACCGGUGUUGCCUGCUAGCGCUGAUGUUAGCAGCUAGCCUGUUCGCGUAAAUGCUGUUGCCUAGAAUGGACCUGUUGAACCCUCAGUACCUGGACAAGAUGAACAAUAACAUCGGGAGACUGCACUACGGAGAUGAAUCCAGGACACCCUCAUUGCCCUCUGCUAUGUCGAACAUAAGCGGGCCACCUCCACUGUGCCCAAGCAAACGGAAGUAUGGUGACGAACAAAAGGACCAAAUGAAUUGUGAUGAUGACCACAUGACCAAAAUGAGCAGAUUGUUUGCAACUCAUCUGGCUCGUCCCUCUUCUGGUAGCAACCGCAAUGAGCACUGGAGCCUAAGCCACAGUCCUGUGGAGCACAUCAGCUCUUCCUCGAACGGUCUCCAUGGGAACCAUGUGUAUGCUUCCAUUUCUGGCUAUGCUGUGGACCAGCCUCUGGCUCUGACCAAAAGCAGCCUUGACACCACAGUUGGGGUCAGAGAGAGGUCCGUUGCUAAUGUGGCUGUUGAACGGCAGCAGAAUCGUCCCUCUGUCAUUACUUGCGCUCCUGCAAGCAACCGCAAUUGCAACCUCUCUCAAUGCCACAUGAAUGGCUGCUCUCCAAGCCCACCCAUCGAUGCAAGGAAGAACAAUGUUUGCGAUCCUGUGAUUGAGGAGCACUUCCGCCGCAGCCUGGGAAAAAACUACAAAGACGCAGACCCCGUGGCCAACUCGAUGUCCAACUCCGUGUCUAUCACGGGGUCUGUGGAUGAUCACUUUGCCAAGGCGCUAGGAGAUGCCUGGAUCCAGAUCAAGGCCAAAGGCGGAGGUCAUCAGACCCCUGAAGCGGCUCCAUGAAGCUGAGGUGAACAAACUGUAACAAACACUUGUGGGAGGUGAAUAUUGUUUCCUGCCAAGUAUCAAAUCACUGCAGCCAAGAACAAUACAAGACGUGGUUGUUGCCUUAUGGACUCUUAAGGUCUGCCUUUUAUCUCGUCAUUUGCCUUACAACAAAACCUUAGCUUGCAACAUAUGUCCUUGAGUGAGAAAACAGAAUGAUUGCUCCACACAGUGUUAGCUGUACAAUCAUAGACGGAUUAUGUUUUUUUCCACUGCUAAUCCGAAAACCAGAACAAAUAAGAAAUAAUCAAUGUUUACCUGUCUUGAUCGCCAAAGAAAGUUAUCCCUUCCAUUUCCAUCAGUAUGCAAGCCAUACAUCUUUCUUUUGUGGCUAAAUGCCUUCCAUUUAUAUUGUUUAAUUCUUAAACCACUUUAUAUCUUCUGUACGACUUGAAAAUAUCUGUCCCCUUUCCUCUGUAGUAUUACAGUUCUACCUGUUCUUAAAAAUACAUACAUAAUUUUCAGAAAUUGUGAUUCAGUUGAGACUUGUCCCUCUCGCUUUCCAAGGACACUAGAACAAUCCCCCCUGAACUGGAUUCACUCCACUGUUGACUAAAUAAUUUUAGUUAACUGCCUACGUGAGCUAUAUGUUGUCAAGUUCCAGCCUUAAUAGAUAUCCUUUAACUCAAAAAGCUUGUUUCAAAUAGCUGGAUUCUAUCACAAACCUUGCUCUACACUAAAUAUUUACUCAGAAUUUAUUUUUAUCUAACAAUGUAGAAAAUACUCACUGCUGGUACAGUUCUACUCUAUAUUUUUUGUACCUGGUUCCCAUGAUGGCAUGGAGGUGCGCAUCUUGGCAUCCUCUUCAAAGCACAGCCUCUGGAAAGGUUGUCCAAAGGCAGUUUGCUAGGCAACAUCGGUAUGGAUGCUACACCUUCACACAUGACUGAAAGCGACUAAAUCGGACCCUUUGUUGACAUCGAAGAUAACCCUUAGGUUUCUUUUGGGCUUUUGGAGAAGUGAGUUUUGACUUCAUUAUGAAGCCAAUCUCCAUUGUCUACAAGAUGAAGUGAGGUGUUCUGUUUUCAACUAAGACCUUAUUGCAGUUGCAAUAUGUGUGUGUGUGGUGUGUAACUCACCAUGUUGGAUCUUCACCCCCUUCACUUAGUAGCAGAUACUGUUGAGUGCAACUAAAAGUGAGUCUGCAUGUUACACAGAGUAAAGGUAUGGUUCACAUGUUUUUUUUUUGUCUGCCUUAAUCAUAAUAGCAUAAUGUUUGCCAACACUGAUUGAUAGGGAGUGUAAAUUCCAUAGAUAAAAAGUAUAUAUCGUGUACUGUAUGUUCAGUGACUCCCCUUACAUUUAUAUUAAUAAUCCACAUUUUUUGAGCUGUUACACGCUUUCUUGUCUUUAUAUUUUAUUGUAUUCAUACAUGACCAUCAUUGCGCCGCGCGGAAUGAUCAUAUGUAUUAUGUUUCUAUUGCGAGUAGUGUACUCCUUUUGUAGCAUGGACAUUGCCUAUCUUCUUACCAUGCAUUUCAUUUUUGUAUUCGUUGAUUAUUUUUCCCACAGUAGUGACAUGAUGAACGUGCAGGAACACAUCUGUCUUUUGCUCAAGAACCUCAGCAAAGUGUCCUACAUCUGUGAUACCGGUUGAGCGCGUCGAGGCUUUUUGUGCGUACCAGGGUGGGAUAGAGGGAGACAAACAACUUGUUUGACACAAGCUGAUUUUUCAGUCAUAUGUUUUGUGGUAUCAGCCCAUUGUUAUUUAAUUUCUUUAUGUAGACAGAUUGUAUAGCAAAGACUCCUUGCAGAAAAUACCUGCAUGUGUCAACCACAUACAGGGGGAAAAUAUGUAUUUGUACACUUGGGUCCAUAUUUCUCUGGAAGAAAAUGCCACUGUUUUAUAAUUGUCUUCCAAAUAAACACAGAAAAGCCGA